CAUAGGAGGUAGACGACGCAUGGGAAAAUGUGCUCCAAGUUUUACGCAUGGAUUGCGGGCGAGCAGUUGAGGAUUCGCAUGCACACAGAGAACCUCAACCUGAUUAAAGAUAGACGGUACAGAUUCCGCACCUAUCAAAACUGCUUCAAGGCCACAGAGACCAUUGAUUGGUUGUUGGAAACUCAGCAGUGUCCAACCAGGGAGGCCGCUGUGUUUGUUUUGAAUAUAUUACAUCAGUAUGGAGUUCUUCAUCAUGUUUGUGAUGAUCACAACUUCAAGGACGAGAUGUUAUUUUACCGAUUCCGCAAAGAUGACAGAACCUGGAAACAUGGGAAGGAGUCACAAGUUUUCCAUAGGGGAGAGAAAAUAUUCAACUGGUUGAUUUCAAAACGACUUCGAAGCUUUCGCGAUGACCUAAUCAAUAACUUAUGUGGACACACUUUGAAUUUCUAUGGAAAGCAGCUAGUUGAUUGGCUGAUCAAAACAGGAGAGGCAACAUCAACACAAGACGCUGUCCGAAUUGGCAAAGAUCUAGUUAACUUUGGAAUCAUUCAACACAUUUAUGAUGAAUAUCACUUCCGUGAUGACUGGGUACCGUACACCUUCCAGCUUAAUUACCGUCAGCAGAUCUCCCUGUCCAGUAUUUUGAAGGCUGCAGUCAAGGCCAGCGGUGUUGGCAACUCCAAAAUCAUCCAUAUAUCGCAGUCACACUUUUCUCAACUCAGAGCCACACGAAGGAGAAAGCAAUCUUCAGAAAGUGAAACAGAAAAUGUUGGGUGGCAACCUGGAAGACUCAGUCGAUCGCUUAGCAUGGAGUCCAAGGAGUCCAGAGGGGAGAGCAGCGAUGGGCAGACUGAGGGCUGCAUGUCGAACCGGUCAAGUUGUAAUGAGCCUGACCUUGACCUGUCAAGCCCAGAGGAUAUGUCACCCUCAUCACCAAAAUCAGUUUUAAUUCGUCAUGCCAGUGUACAGGAACUAGAAGAUCCGGACACGCCAUAUAUCAGAAAACUUAUCAGGGUAUUCAGUGAUUCAGUGGGGUAUGGAUGUGUGAUAAGGGGAGAUAGCCCCACAUAUGUACAGACGGUUGAUCCAAGUGGACCUGCUGCUGCAGCAGGUAUCAAGGUCCGACAGUACAUUUACUCUGUGAAUGGGGAAAAAGUACUGGACAAAAAUCACAAAUAUGUUGCUAAGGCGAUCCGAAGUAACAGUAGCUGUGUUGACUUGGUAGUCAUGUCACAUGUCCGAGAUGCCUCAUUGUGAUGCUGCAAAACAAAAAAUGACGGCAAGGCAUUCACGCAUAAUUAAUUAAUAGCAGCAAUUUAAUUAUCGUCAUCCAAUGAGAGGCAAGUUACAGAACAAAGCUUGAUAAUGUUGUGCAAAAUUUACCAUAUUUUUUUUAUCAGAUGAAUUGCUGUAUUUAUCAUCAUAUCCAAUGUGUGCCAGGUUUAAUUCAAGAGAUUUGUCAGGUGCCUAGACAAAGUCUGAGGUUUACUUCAGAUAUUCUGCUUGUCCCCCCACACAAAAACACGACCACAAUCAAUUAAAGGUGGAAAAUUACAUGAACUUCAGAUGAAAGAGUGCGAAAAAUUAGUCUUAAAGGUGGUCUUCAAUAUUUUUUCGAUUUUUCUUUAAAGAGAAAAAGACACUUGAAAAUAUUUUUUUGUAUGGUGGGUACUUGGGACCACUUAAUGGUAUAUAUUGUCUAUGAGCAAUAUUGUUGUAAGUGAGGAUGUAAUACAUGUUUAAUAAAUAUAUUUGCUCUACAAUUUGGUCUUUUCAGGUAACAAAUGUGUUCAACCUGGAUUUUGAUUAUAUUUAUAUUUUUAAUGUAUUCAUAAAUAUUAUUAUAAUUCAGAUGAAACCCAUGAAGCGUUUGGAUGUAAACAAGAAAUUUACAUUCAAAUGAAUUUAUUAGAAAUACAUCACAUUUUUAUUUAGAACAUUAGUGUGCACAGACAAUAUGUACCAAAUUGUGGUCCCAAAUACCUACCAUACAAAAAUAUUUUCAAAUACCCUGUUCCCUUGAAAAAAAAAAAUGUUGAAGACCAUAUUUGCAAAUGAGAUUUCACGCUCUUUUGUCAGAUUUUGGCAUCAUAUACAUGUUUUCUUCUCCUUUAAGUUAAAAAGUUUGGAGCACAGACUUAAAAACACGAAUCAGUCAGUCAAUCCAAAGUGUACCAUUUCAGUAUAAAUUCAAUUCUGUGAUAAAUUAUUAAAGAUUCAAUUGUGAACUGUUGGGGUUGAUAUUUAUUUGACGUGAACUUCGAACAUUACGAGUCGGAAGUACACAAAUUUUAACACAAGUACAUUUUUGAAUGCAACUCAGUAUCAUUGGUGGUCCCAGACUUUGUGCUAUUCUUCUCAGUGUUGGUAGUUCUACUGAUAUUUUUGGUGCACCUGAUUUACAUACUCUUUCAAAUCGCUUCAGUACUUAAGUCAUGUAUUUUGGCAAUAUUUAAUUCAAUGCAUGUGAGUACUUUUUCAAACUGUUUUAGUAUUCACAAAGUUAUGCAUGUUCUUGGUGUUUUCUUUUUUUUUUUUAACUAAUGCAUCUCAUUGCUAUUGAUGCAAACCCGUGACUAUGUAAGUAAAGUGGAUCUGCACUUGUCACCAGUUUUAUGCAGGUUUUAAUGCUGAAUUGGCAAAUAUCGUUGCUCUGUAUUUUAACAAUCCACAAAAAUGAUGAAAUAAUUAUCACUAACUAUUCAUAAUGCAGUUAUCAUAAGCGCUUUCAGACUUUAAUGUUUUUAAGGUUGUAUAUUUUUUAUUUAAUAUUGAGGUCUUUUUCUCUUUGGCAAUGAUGUUUUUCAUACUUAAUUUGCACUUGUUAUUUAUUACGUUUCUGUGCAACAGGGGAAAUUCCUGUCCCUGUAACUUACAGUAGAUGUAUACCAGUUGUUAACCAUUAUAGGGGCCUCUGUGGCUCAGUUGGUUAGUGCGCUAGCACAGCGUAAUUACCCAGGAGUCUCUUACCAAUGCGGUCGCUGUGAGUUCAUGUCCAGCUCAUGCUGGCUUCCUCUCCGGCCGUAUGUGGAAAGGUGUCUCAGCAACCUGCGGAUGGUCAUGGGUUUCCCCCGGGCUGUGCCCGGCUUCCGCUCACCAUAAUGCUGGCCGCCGUCGUAUAAGUGAAAUAUUCUUGAGUAUGGCGUAAAACACCAAUCAAAUAAAAAAAUAAAUUAAUGUUAACCAUUAUAUUUAAGUUCUGAAGAAUACAGCUUUGUAUUAAGCUCGUCGACUGAGCGGCUGCUUGUAGAAAUAAUGUGUGUUUUAAAAAAAAGAACAAAAAAACAAAACGCACACAGCUUGUUUGCUGUAUGUUAAAGUACUAAUAUCUAGGUUUGCACCAAUGAUGGUGAGUUUAAUUUGCAAUACUUUUAAUUUCUACAUUUUCGUUUGAAAUUCUGUGUGUAAGGUAUAUAUUCAUGGAAUUUAAAUGUUUUGAACCAUGUGGCAGGUAUACAUUUGUUUCUGUAUGCUUGAAGUACCAGUGUGGUUGCUGUUCAUUGCUGGCUUCCUCUCAGGCAGUGAGUGGGAAGGCCAGAAGCAACCUGUGGAUGGUGGCGGGUUUCCCCAGGGUUCUGCCCGGUUUCCUCCCACCAUAAUGCCGGCCGUCAUGGUAUAAGUGAAAUAUUCUUGAGUACGGUGUAAAACACCAAUCAAAUAAAUAAAUAAAUAAAUUGAAGUACAAGUAAUUAUAUACUGUAGUCAGCUGUUUAUAUGGGAACCCAAAUUUAGUUAGACCAUGUUCUACCAUGCCUGAAAUUCAUGUAGUUUUAUAUGAAGUUCAAACUAUAUUUACUCACCCCUCAGCAGUGGUACAUGUGCACUACUAGUAAACAGAGAGUUGGCGAAGGAAAUAUACCAUGUUGUCUGUACAUGUAAAUGUUUGUGAGUUUGUACAUGUAAGAUGAAUUAUGAGAACACAUCACAAUUGUGUUAAGAUGACCCAGUGAUACAUCCCUGGCUUCAUUUGUCUUGGCCUUAUAGUGACAAUAAGCCAUCAGCAGAGAUCUUAGCACCAUUUAUGUGGCCUUACAUGACAGUUAUUAAAGAGACUGUGGCUUAAUUCCCACAAUUAAUGUCACACACAUCAACAGCAUUAUUCAGGUGAAAAUCUGAAGGUAACCUGCGGGAAGUUUUAUAUACGACUGAAAUGCUGGUGCUUUAAUGAAUACCCUAGAGGCAAUUGUAGUAUUUGUACAAAACAGUAUUGUAAUACUGAAGGAUCCCUGUCACCCUGCAUGCUGAAACAGUGUAUUCUCCUGUUACUAUGGUUACCAUUUCACAUGUAUCAGAACUGGAAUACAGAAUGAGUGUGAAUC